AUGGGCGACCUUGCCAACCGCAAAGUGUUCAAGGUCUUCAACCAGGAGUUCAUUGUCGACGAGCGCUACAAUGUAACAAAAGAACUUGGACAGGGUGCCUACGGCAUCGUAUGUGCGGCCACCAACAACCAGACGGGCGAGGGCGUAGCCAUCAAGAAGGUCACCAACGUCUUCAGCAAGAAGAUCCUUGCCAAGCGUGCCCUGCGCGAGAUCAAGCUGCUCCAACACUUCAGAGGUACGGCGACUGCACCCACCCCAGCUGACAAUGCUAACGUCUUGCAGGACAUCGCAACCCUUGUCGCACAGAUAACAUGUCUCUACGAUAUGGACAUUCCUCGCCCUGAUAACUUCAACGAGUGCUACCUCUACGAGGAGCUCAUGGAAUGCGACCUAGCAGCCAUCAUCCGAUCCGGCCAGCCCCUGACUGAUGCUCACUUCCAAUCCUUCAUCUACCAAAUCCUAUGCGGUCUCAAGUACAUCCACUCGGCAAAUGUUCUGCACCGCGACCUUAAGCCCGGUAAUCUCCUUGUCAAUGCCGACUGUGAACUCAAGAUUUGCGAUUUUGGACUGGCAAGAGGAUUCUCCAUGGACCCUGAAGAGAACGCAGGCUACAUGACCGAGUAUGUCGCUACCCGAUGGUACAGAGCCCCUGAAAUCAUGUUGAGCUUCCAGAGCUACACAAAAGCCAUUGAUGUGUGGUCUGUAGGGUGCAUUCUCGCUGAGCUACUUGGAGGUAAGCCCUUCUUCAAGGGUCGAGACUACGUCGACCAGCUCAACCAGAUUCUGCACUACCUCGGAACACCAAACGAAGAAACUCUGUCGCGAAUAGGUUCUCCUCGUGCACAGGACUAUGUCCGGAAUCUGCCAUACAUGCAGAAGAUGUCAUUCCAGUCUCUCUUCAAAAACGCAAACCCCGAUGCGCUUGACCUGCUAGACCGCAUGCUUGCCUUCGACCCAUCUAGUCGUAUUUCAGUUGAGGAGGCCCUGGAGCACAGGUACCUGCAAAUCUGGCAUGAUGCAUCUGACGAACCUUCCUGCCCAACGACUUUUGAUUUCCAGUUUGAAGUCGUCGAAGAGAUUCCAGAGAUGAAGAAGAUGAUCUUGGAUGAGGUCAGCCGUUUCCGCCAGAUGGUUCGCGUACAGCCCGGUGCAGGCGCCGGUACAGCCCAGGCCCCUCAGGUCCCGAUACCCAAUAACUACGAUCGUACAGGAUAUGAGGAGCCAAGGCCACAGGAGGCAUUUAACCAGGGUGGGUGGAAUGGCAUUUGGUCGAACUUUUUUUCGUGUCCUUCUACCACAUUUCGGACCACGCACGAAUUGACGAUUUCUACAAUGUCGCCCGCCGCGGUCGAGUCGAGCAACAAGAGGAAGCGAUCUCACAAGAGCAAGAAGAGCGCAGAAGCAGUAGCGGCACCAGCGCAUAAUGGCGUAGAGAAGGCGCGCAAGAAGGCACGCAAGGCCAAGGAAGUCGAAGCUGCUGUGGAAGAACCAGCUGCUGCAGAUGCUUCCGCACAGGGAGAUAGCGAUGAAGAGGACGUCGAAAACCAAUCUGAAUCCAACAAGGACACUGCGGAGGCGACUGCUUCAAAAGAGGCCGAGAACGGUGAUGAGGCCGACGAUAAUGACGACAGCCAGCUUGCGGAUUUGCCCUCUGGCACUGGCAGCAACGCUCUCGAUCUGCCCUCCGGUACCACAAUGCCGACGCCAAACCCGGUGCGUUUCGAAGAACUAAAUCUCUCUGAGCGUACAAUGAGCGCAAUCAAGGAAAUGGGCUUCGAGAAGAUGACGGAGAUCCAACAAAAAACAAUCCCACCACUACUGUCGGGCAGGGAUGUGCUCGGUGCUGCCAAGACGGGCAGUGGAAAGACGCUUGCCUUUCUCAUUCCAGCCAUUGAGAUGCUUUCGCAGUUGCGAUUUAAGCCUCGCAAUGGUACUGGUGUGAUUGUAGUGAGCCCAACGCGAGAACUGGCACUUCAGAUCUUUGGCGUAGCACGCGAGCUCAUGUCGAACCACAGCCAGACCUUUGGUAUUCUGAUUGGCGGUGCGAACAGGAGCGCCGAGGCGGAAAAGCUACGGAAGGGAUUGAACCUUAUUAUCGCUACACCCGGAAGACUCCUGGACCACCUCCACAAUACCCAGGGUUUUGUCUUCAAGAACUUGCGUUCGUUGAUCAUCGAUGAAGCAGAUCGUAUUCUGGAAGUUGGAUUCGAGGACGAAAUGAGAUCCAUCAUCAAGAUUUUGCCAACCGAGCGUCAGACCAUGCUGUUCUCUGCUACGCAAACGACAAAGGUCGAGGACCUUGCACGGAUAUCGCUCAAACCAGGUCCUUUAUACAUCAAUGUCGACUACAGAGCGGAGCACAGUACAGUGCAAGGGUUGGAGCAAGGCUAUGUCUUGUGUGAUUCAGACACGAGGUUUAGGUUGCUGUUCAGCUUCCUGAAGAAACAUCAAAAGAAGAAAGUCAUUGUGUUCCUGUCGUCGUGUGCGUCGGUCGAUUUCUAUAGCGAACUUCUGAACUACAUCGACUUACCAGUGCUUGGUUUACACGGCAAGCUCAAGCAGCAAGCACGCACCAACCGCUUUUUUGAGUUUGUGAAUGCCCAGAGUGGUACGCUCAUUUGUACCGAUGUGGCAGCACGAGGUCUCGACAUUCCCGAAGUCGAUUGGGUGAUUCAAUUUGAUCCUCCGGAUGAUCCUCGGGACUACAUUCACCGAGUUGGACGAACCGCAAGAGGUGCCAAUGGCAAAGGCCGGAGCUUGAUGUUCUUGCUGCCGUCAGAGGUCGGCUUCUUGAAGUUGCUCAAGGAAAACCGUGUGCCGCUAGUUGAGUUUGAACUCCCAAGCAACAAGAUUCUCAAUAUCCAAAGCCAACUCGAGGCAUUGAUAUCCAAGAACUACUACCUCAACAAAAGCGCCAAAGACGGUUAUCGAUCCUACCUGCAAUCCUAUGCCAGCCACAGCUUACGUUCAGUGUUUGAUGUACACAAGUUAGAUCUUGUCAAAGUGGCCAAGAGUUUUGGGUUCUCGACACCGCCACGCAUCGACAUCAGCCUUGGAGCGAGUUUGAGCCGCGACAAGAAAGUCGAAGGACGAAGAGCAUAUGGCAGCCAGCCGCAACAGGCACGAAGACCGAUGAAACAAGGAAAGAGGUUUUGAGGGGACGAGAAGAGAGGGAGCAUUGAUGGGAGUUUGGCGUACCAAAAUAUUAUGCUGCGUGGGCACUGCUUGAGGGGUCAUAGCUGUACUUUGACUAUUCAAUGACAACAAUGCGAAGGGUUCUGAGAAACGCUUGAGGUUUGUGUUCCUGGCGGUCAUGUUGGCGCAGAGCAUGUGAUAGGUGGACAUGCACUUGUAAGUAUGCAGGUAUACUAAGUACUGUAUGAAACAUGAGCUGCAGGAGGGUGCAUGGUGCAGUAGCAGCAGCAGCUGGGCACGGACUAAGCGAUGACAUGAAUAAUGAGCUAGCGGGUUUGGUUGGGCAAAGGACAAAUUUUCUCACGC